AAAACAAAACAAAACAAAACACACGUUUCACUUCCACGUCCUUCAAAAAAUUUCCGAUCCCUUUCUUCUUACGCUCAAUCACCGUAGCGAUCGAUUCGAUUCAGCUCCCCACGCCGGCUGCCUCCUUACCUCUCCUGACAUUCUCCGGUCGCGAUUAUGUCAGGUUUUGGUUUUGCAUGGUCGUCGAUCCCACCCGCAGCAUCCUGAAGCUUCAUUCAAUUACCACACCCAGAUCUCAUCAAUUGUGGAGGAAUUAGUUCUGAUCCCUUUUUGAUUCUUUGUAACUGCGGAUCGGGGGCGCCGGGGUGGAGGAAAAAAAAAACAGUGGUAGCAACAAUAAUAAUAAUAAUAAUGUCGAAUUAUGUAGAUUUCAAUCAGAAGAUAGAUUAUGUGUUCAAGGUGGUGUUGAUUGGGGAUUCGGCAGUAGGGAAAUCGCAGCUCUUGGCACGUUUCGCCAGGAACGAAUUCAGCAUCGAUUCUAAGGCCACCAUUGGUGUGGAGUUUCAAACCAAGACCCUUAGCAUUGAUAACAAGACCGUCAAAGCCCAGAUUUGGGACACCGCUGGCCAAGAGAGGUACAGGGCAGUAACGAGCGCAUACUACAGGGGAGCAGUGGGUGCGAUGUUGGUCUACGACAUGACGAAACGGCAGUCGUUCGACCACAUGGCGCGGUGGUUGGAGGAACUCCGGGGACACGCCGACAAGAACAUCGUGAUAAUGCUCAUCGGGAACAAGUGCGACUUAGGGAGCCUCCGGGCGGUGCCGCAGGAGGAUGCCCAGGAGUUCGCGCAGAGGGAGAACCUCUUCUUCAUGGAGACGUCGGCGCUGGAGUCCACCAACGUCGAGACCGCCUUCUUGACCGUCUUGACCGAGAUUUAUCGGAUCAUCAGCAAGAAAACUUUGACCGCCAACGAUGAUUUGGAUCCAAACUCUGGGCUGUUGAAAGGGACCAGGAUUAUUGUCCCCAGUCAGGAUCCCGAUGCCGGCAAGCGAGGCGGCUGUUGUGGCUAGCUAGUUAGUUCCCACACCUCGCCAAUUUGAUAUGUUGUCAGUUUCUUUUUCUCUCUUUUUGUAGUAUUCUUGUUCUUUUUUCUGGGUAGGAAAUUAAGGAUACAAUUGACUUUUAUCAAAUUUCAUUAUCUUGAAGGAGCAUAUAGUAAUGAAUUUACUAGUGUUAAUGUUGUUGGAUUACGUUAGGAAGAUUUUGCGGUGCCUGUAAUUUUUCCAGUUACUUUUUGUAUUUAUAGUUUUAUAGCUAUUGAUUACAUUACACACAAGUGGAGUUUGGAUGACUUGAAUUUUGUCUUUGGGAUGAAAUCUCAAAUUCUAACAUUAACCUUUUGUUGUAAAUUGAUACAUAAAAUCUAAAUAGAUGAU